GUGUGGCCGCGGCAUAGACCGAUGAUGCGUCACGGACCGGGGCGUGCAUUGGCGCCAAAUCAGCCGAUCGAUGUCUCCAAAGUGCACCCCGCAUCGGUGGUCACCACUUUCAUUCCGCAGCAGCAGCAUCAGCAGCGGGCGCUGCCUAACCCGACUGCGCCAAGGGCCAAGCUGUGAAAAAGGAAGAUGCUUCUAUUCCAGUGACUCGCUUUUUUAAAUUGCUCUCAGCUGGUCGGGUCACGCCUGGCUGUUCACAAAUAUAAAUGCCUGUUUAUGUUCUUGUUCGCCGCAGCCUGACACUCUACCUUCUUCUUUUCUUUUCUAUUAUUUCUAUACUUCACAAUAAAGUACUCACCGUGUUUUAUACCAUGUCUAACAGACGCAGCACCCCCGCUGGUACUAGAUACCGUGAUAGCAUUGCUAUUAUCUCGACGCGCGGGCCCUCCGUGGUCUCGUCGUCGCUGUUGGCACCCCAGUCGCGGCUACGCCGCGCAUCGCUGCCUGCCCGCAACCCAUGCGCCGGGCUAUACAGCGAUGGGCCUGAGAGCGACGUAGACGACGUAGGCGCCCAUUCGGGCCAGUCGGGUGCCGACAGCGACCUGUCGUCGUUACUUGUAACCUACAUCAGCGGUGGACGUGAUAUCACCAGCGUGCGAGACGGGCUGAUUAAGAACCCCGAGGCACGGUGUCUGGUCGAGUUCUACAGCGACGGCGGGCGGCAGCCGUGCAUAAUGACGCUGCGCGAGGACGGCUUUGUCUGGAACCAAGAGAUAUUCCUCAACCGCUGGUCGAGCCAGUACGAGUCAGUCGCACGGCGCAACCCGUUCAUGCAGAAGAUGAGCAACUCCAUCGCCGAGGAGUCGCUGGGGGAUGGCGAGCUCAUGGCGAUCGACAACAUCAACGUCCACGAGAUAUUUCCCGAGGAUUGCCCCCGGCUCUUCUAGAUAGCUACUCUGCCACUUUGUAACAUGACCAUAUGUAUUCUCGACUUUGCCAUAUCCGCUGAAACACCCAGCUGGGCAGGCUGAGGUGCGGAGCCGAGCUCUGGCGGUGGGGCAGGGCCUCCGUUUGCACCAGGACGAUCGCCUCACCUGACCGACCCAAUCAGAACACAGACCGUCGCCAGAGGUUCUGAAAAAACUUUCAGAUGCUUGUUAGGUGUUUACCGCUGGUGGAGGCGUGGCUUUUCUUCUCUACUUCGCUCGCAUAUUUGCUCCUCGCGUCUAGUUCCUCGCUUCUAUAACUACCUCCUCCCUCCGCCUUAUAUUUCUUUGUAGCGUGGCCACCCUCUCCUC